CUGAGUCCACAGAACACCGAAGCUGUGGCAUCAGUUGCCAAACCUACAAAACCCUCUCUUCAACAUAGACGCACGCACUUUCUGUCUCUCUCUAUCUCUCUCUGAUUCAAACUCUGUUCUUCACCAAUGGAAGACGACGACGAGUUCGGAGAUUUAUACACUGACGUUCUCCGCCCCUUCGCUUCGCCUUCAUCCUCUGCGUCUCAACCGCAUCAAUCUUCUCCUGCACCUUCUUCCAUCGAUCUCAACCUCAACCUAAACGCCGCUCAGAUCCCCGGGGAUGCAUCCAUCGAUAUUUCCCCUGCAUCCAACCAGCUUUCUCCCUCCGACACGCAAGAACCGCCUCCCGCUGCUGCCGAGGAGCCGACCAAAAUUCCCGACGCGGAACCUCAGCCGGAUUCAAACCUCGCCAGUGCAGACGCGGGAAUUGAUCCGAUCGAUAGGGACGUGAAAUUCGACAUCGAGGAGGAGGACGACGGUGGCGAUGGCUCGCCGGUUAUUCCAGGCCUGGCCGGUGAGGCACCGGCUGAAGAAGGCGGGGAGGGAGAUGAUUGGGAUACCGAUAGCGAGGAUGAUUUGAAGAUAGUGUUGAAUGAGAACAACCACAUGGCCAUGGAACGGGGAGGGAUGGGGGAGGGUGACGAGGAAGAGGAAGAUGGGGAUGAAGAACUUGUGAUUGUGGCAGGUGGUGAUCCGAAUCAGAGUGUGGAGGAGCAGGAGUGGGGCGAGAAUGCGGCCCUGGCUGCUGGGGACGGUGAGAGGAAGGAUGUCGCUGGCGAAUUGGCCAAGGCUGGGGGUGCUGUGGCGCCGAAGAUUGGGUAUAGCAAUCAUGGAUAUCACCCCUUUCAUUCCCAGUUUAAGUAUCAGUAUGUUAGGCCUGGUGCAACACUAAUGCCUGGAGCUACUUCUUCUGCUCCAGGUGGGGCUCCUGGUCAGAUUCGUCCACUUGCUAACAUGGCUGGUCGAGGUAGAGGGGACUGGAGACCACCUGGACUAAAAGUGCCUGCUGCUAUGCAAAAAGGUUUUCAUGGAGGUCCUGGAUUACCUGGUUGGGGCAGUGGUACUGCAGGGCGCGGUUUUGGUGGUGGAUUGGAAUUCACACUUCCCUCUCACAAGACUAUAUUUGAUGUUGAUAUUGAGAAUUUUGAGGACAAACCAUGGAAAUAUCCAAAUGUUGAUACAUCAGAUUUUUUCAACUUCGGUUUGAAUGAGGAGAGCUGGAAAGAUUAUUGCAAACAGCUGGAGCAAUUACGCUUGGAGUCUACAAUGCAAAGCAAGAUACGUGUUUAUGAGAGUGGUCGAACAGAGCAGGAGUAUGAUCCAGACUUACCCCCUGAAUUAGCUGCAGCUACUGGUAUACACGAUGUUCCUGUUGAAAAUGCAAAUUCUCAAAAGUCCGAUGUCAGACAAAGUGAUGUUAUGAAAGGUUCUGGCACUGGACGCGUGCGACCACCACUACCAACUGGAAGAGCAAUACAGGUGGAAGGUGGUUAUGGGGACCGGCUUCCUUCUAUUGAUACCCGUCCUCCCCGAGUCCGUGAUUCAGAUGCAAUCAUUGAGAUUGUUUUACAGGAUACAGAAGAUGACCAUUCCUCUGCCGGAUUUGCUCAAGAUCCACCUGAUGCUGGAGAACCCCAUAGAGAGGAUUUUAGAGAAGACCAUGUAGCUGGAGACGAAAUUCCAAGGUUGGAGCCAGAGUAUUUUGAUGGUUUCCCACAGGAUUAUGGUGGUCGAAAGAAGGAGCUUCCAGGAAGAAGAAUGCCAUUUAUAAAUUCCAGUCCUGCAAACACGGCUAAUGGGGAUGAAAAAUUGUCAUUCCCACAGGAAGAACCAAUUGAGUACUCUGGUUCUAGGGGCCAAAAUCAUAGGUCCUAUGGUGGCAAUUUUAGCUCCUCUCAUGAUGAAAGGAAGAUGCAAAGAAGAGUGCGUGGUCAGUCUCCUCCUAGUACUCCUAUUCAAGAAUUAGCAGCUGAUAAUAAAAAAGAAGAGUCGGUUGAAAGCAUGGAAGGUAAACAUAAUACACUUUCAUCCCCUGUCAUUAAAAACGUACGGGAGUCCAGUAUAGAAGACAAAGAUAACGAACUUGAGGACACUGGGACAGCUGAUGGAAGUUCCAAAUUGGAAAAGGAGGAAACAGUAGACAAAGUAGAAACCCUUGAGGAUGGGGUGGCAAAGAGACAGAAAUUAACAUCCCGAGUUGAGCAACAUUUGCUGGAUGAUGUUGAUGAUUGGGAGGACUCAAAAGCUGCAAAAAGUAGUGAUAACAGCAAAGCAAGAUCAGCAAGCAGCAGGGAUAACCAUAAGCGGCGGGAAGGUUUUGAAGAAGAAGUAGUUCAGGAUCCACGAUCAGCACAUCAUAGUAGCAUCAGACAGCACCCGGAUGAAAUUGAGCAGGGAUUUUAUAGAAGAGAGCAUGAUGCCAAGCAAGAACCUGAACGAAAUCGCAUGAUAAUUAAAGGUAGAGAGAGACCAUACACUUACAAGGACCGGCAUCUUAGCUUAGGUCCUCAGUUGCACACAAAUACUGAUGGAUUUGAUGGACAAAAAGAAAGGGAAAAUUCUGACAUGGAUUGGGCACGGAGAGAUGAUGAUCUCUAUAGCAGAAGGGUUAGAAAUGAUGAACCAAGAAAGAGGGAUAGGGCUAAGGUUCGAGAAAAUGAGAGAAAUGACAAAGAAGAUAACAUUCAUUCUAGAAAACUAUUGGAUAAUGGUAGCUACAGGGUUUCGUAUGAAAAGGAUGUUGGUUAUAGAGACUCAAGACAUAGGGAAAGAGAUGACGGCUUGAGGAUGAGGUAUGAAGGUGUGGAGGAUUACCAUGGCAAGAGGAGGAAGGAUGAGGAAUAUCUUAGGAGGGAGCAUAUUGACAAAGAAGAAAUUCUUCAUGGCUACAGGGAAAAUGCUAGUCGGCGCAGGAGAGAAAGAGAUGAAGCUUUGGAUCCACGAAAGAGGGAUGACCUGCAAAGAACUAGAGAUAACCCUGAUGAUCAAUAUGCUGCUAGGCAGAAAGAUGAGGCAUGGGUAUUGAGGGAGAGGGGUGAUAGGCAGAGAGAUAGGGAGGAUUGGCAUCGGAUGAAACAAUCCCAUGAAGAACUCCUACCUAAGCGUGAGAGAGAAGAAGGGCGGAGUUCUGUAAGAAGUGGGCGAGGAGCUGAAGAAAAAGCAUGGGUUGGUCAUGUUAGGGCUAAAGAUGAACAUAAACUUUCUGAGAAGGAAUACCAAUCCAGAGAAGCAAUGCGUCACAAUGAUCAAUUGAAGAGAAGGGACCGAAUUCAGGAUGAAAGUCCACAUCAUAAGGGCCGUGACGAUGUGUCUGUGCGCGGCAAUCAAUAUACUACUGAGGAAAGGCGAUCUAGGCAGGAAAGGUCAAGUAGUCGUAGUGAUCGUGUUGCUAAUGCUUCAGAUAACCAAAAAGUUAAGCAUAGAGAAGGCUCAAGGAAAAGCAAAGAACGUGAUGUUAGUGACCCUAAUAGUUUAGGCGUGUCCAAGAGAAAUCAAGAAAAUCAAAGUGGUCCAACCAAUGAGAAGGGCUUGAAAGGAUCUGGUGACGAAGACCGUGCUGAGCAUGAUAUUCUAGGGCACCACUCAUCCAAAAAACAGCGGGAAGACAUUUCCUCAGAUGAUGAACAGCUAGAUUCUCGCCGAGGACGUUCUAAAUUAGAACGCUGGACAAGCCAUAAAGAAAGAGAUUUCAGUAUCAACAACAAAUCCUCUUCUUCGUUGAAGUUCAAAGACAUUGAUAAGGAUAAUAAUAACAACAACGGUGGAUCUUCUGAAGAUGGGAAACCUGCGGAUGAUCCUGCUAAAACUGUCGAUGUUAAUAACCAACAUCUCUUGUCGGCUGAAGCAAGGGAUUCUGCAGAUAUGGAGAAUAAGGAUGCUGAUCCAAAAGAAAUGGGAGAUCGGCACCUUGAUACAGUUGAGAGGUUGAAAAAGCGUAGCGAAAGGUUCAAGCUCCCUAUGCCAAGUGAAAAAGAGGCCAUAGUCAUCAAGAAGUUAGAAAGUGAACCUCUCCCUUCUGCCAAAACUGAAAAUCCAGUAGAUUCAGAAGUCAAACAAGAACGACCUGCCCGAAAAAGAAGAUGGGUCACUAACUGAAUAAGAAGUUUUCAGCUUGGCCUGAUUUUUUUUAUAAUUCGAAAACCCUGCAAGCCCAGCCAUGCUUAGCAGCAUAUCUAUUGAAUGUUGAAAAAGGGCAUAUACAGGAUUUGUGACAAUUUGUACUUGGAGUAAUGUCAUCUUGUAACCUUACUACCUAUACAUUCAACGUACACUGUAUAUAUACAAGUAAAUUGUAAAACAUGAACUGCCAGUACAGGUGGGACAUAUUUUCAGUGUCCAAAUAUGGCUCUUACCCAGAUCAUCUGGGUAACAAUUAUUAUUGGUCAACGUGACAUUCAGAAACCAUUGGCAUGGUUGGUGGGGCAUUGAGCCUGAUACUGGCACCUUCCACUUCAGAUCAAAAGGGUCAAAGCUUUUGGAAAACGUCUUGGUGAAGGGCUACCCGAAGAGAUGCAUGCUGUCUGCUUCUCAAAUGUGUUUUCUUAAAUUGAAUUAAAUAGAUGGCAUGAAUUAUUUUCGUUGUUGUAGACUCUGUAGGCAAGUGUGGAUUACUAUUUCUUCUUCUACCUUUAAAUUUUACGCGGGAAUCCUUGAAUACUAGCGAUGAGCCUUUGUUGUAUCUAGAGAUCAAAUGACUUACAGUUUAGAGGUUAGGAAUUUCAACAAGUAAUGAAAGAAAGUAAAAGCGUAUAUAUUAUC